AUGUCACAGAUUUCAAAAUAUUAAUUGCAAGGAAAGGUUGGAUCUGGGGUUUAUGGAGAUGUUUAUAAGGCUAUCAAUACAUAAACGGGAAAGAUUGUUGCGAUCAAGAAGAUUAAAAAGCAAUAAUAAGAUUAAGGGAUAUCUGCUGUGGCUUUGAGGGAAACAUCGAUAUUGCAGACAGUCCAAUGUGAAAAUAUCGUAAAGUUGAUUGAAAUUGAAUAUGUCUAGGGGUGCAUUAGAUUGGUGAUGGAAUUCUAUGAUGUCGAUUUGGAUGCAUAUCUGAAAUAAAAUAGAUUGGAGAUCAAUAAGAUUUAAGAAAUUUUAUAUGGUAUCCUCAAGGGGAUGAAUGAAUGCCAUAAGAAGAAAUGCAUGCACAGAGACUUGAAGCCCCAGAACAUUUUAAUUAGUAAGGAAGGUAAAGUUAAAAUUGGAGAUUUUGGAAUGGCUCGAUCUUUCCAACAAGUGCCUGGAUCCUACACAUAUGAAGUGAUCACACUUUGGUAUAGGCCACCGGAGUUAUUGCUUAAAACUACUGGUUAUACAACAGCGAUAGAUGUUUGGUCUAUUGGAUGCAUAUUUGCUCAAAUGGUACUAAGGGCACCUUUAUUUGCUGGGGACAGUGAGAUAUAACAGAUGAAAUUGAUAUGCGAAAACAUAUCGUUGAAUUAGGAUAAUGCAUAAGUUUUAUCUAAUUCUAUAUUUUAAAAUUAAUUGGAACAGAAAUUGGAUUUGAAAUUUGCAAAUACAUGUAUAACUUAAGAUGGUUUGGAUUUGUUAAAGAAAUUAUUAUAAUUGAAUCCAGCCAAUAGGAUUUCUUGUCAUGAAGCUCUAAGACAUCCAUUCUUUAAUAAUUUCCAAGAGCCAGAUGAAAUCAAUUAAAAUAUGGAUAUAUUGUCAUAGUAUUUUAGGGUUUAAUAAUGAUGAAGAAAUUUGGUUUCAAUUAAGGAUGAUUCCUUAAAUUAAAUAAUUCAAUUAUCCAAAUAUAUUAAUAUAUAAAAUAUAUUAAAAACAAGAAUUGCUUGUUGAAAGAUCUUCAAAUACCAAAGGAAUGAUGUGGACUCAAAUAUUAAUAUAUAAAUAUAAUUUAAGCAAUAGUAUUAGUUUCAUAUGACUUAGGAUUUAUUUUAAUUAAUUUAAAAAUUAUUUAUUUUUUAAACUUGAAUCUAAAUUUUUAA